CUCCUCCCCUCAUCCCUUAGGACGAGACAGGCACGUCUUUCCCGUCACUCCUCACUUUUCCUAUGGCUCUCCUCCCCCAUCCCUCCCCAAAACAACUCCGGCGCACCAUGGCGCUUUGCUCAAAUCACAAAUCUGUAUACGUGGCGCAGCAAAUUUCUAGUACUUACUCAAUUCUUGCAUAUUUUUACUUUACAUCUUUUGCUACGGUCAGCGGGGCUUCUGCAGGUUCUACGUCCGGACUCAUACCAGCGUACGAUGCUUUGUAUUAUACGGGUGUCCGUGCAUACUUUAACGAGGAGUGGGAAAAAGCCGCAGAGCUGCUCGAAAAGUCGAUAGCUACCCGAGAGGCUCUGUUUCGGAUCCGACGGCAGUGUCAUGACGAAUGUGGGCCAGCGGGACAUGAGAGGCUCACCAAACUAGAUGUAGAGAAAGGGAGCGUGUGGGAUCUAUGGGCUGUGGAUUGGAUCCAGAGGCGAGCCGAGUGUGUGCGGUUCUGUUUGGGACAGGCUGUCACUCCAUCAGGACAGCUUCCUGUGUCUGUUGACAUUGAGUAUGAGUUUAGUACCCGGAACCCUUAUAACUUCCUUCAGGUUGUCUACUGGAAGCUUGGCAAAGUCCAGAAAGCAGCGUCUGCAGCCCACACAUUCUUCAUUGCCAACCCCAGUCACUUGGAGAUGAGGAACAACAUUGAGAAGUAUCGGCGGAUGGAGGGGGUGACAGAGGACGCUUUCCAGGAUAGAGAGAUGGAAGCCGAGAAACACUGGACCCUUUACGACUCUGCGCUCGCUUCCGAGGCCUCCUCUGAUUGGCCGCACGCUGUGGAGAAAUGGAGGGAGUGCGUAAACGCGACACUGGGACAGACUGAGGAGUGCAGGGCACAGUGUGAGGUUGCCUCCCAGCGUCUCCCUGACUACCAGGAGGUUGGAGUGGAGGGGAUGUUUGAGAAAGCAGCAGCACUGUCUCUCUCCCUGCUGUCCUGCCAGCAGUCCUGUGUUACCCAGGUGUCAACACGAGCCGGGAGGAUUUCAGCCCAGGAGGACUUCUUGCCCACGCAGCUGGAGCAUCUACACAUCGCACAGUUCAAAGCGGGUGAUAUAGGGGGAGCAGUGCAAACCCUGCGCUCUCUCCUCCUGUUCUACCCCUCAGACAAGGACUCUGUCAGCAACCUGCAGCUCUACACAGAGACACUAGGGAGCGAUAGUGAGCCACAUGAGACACAGCCCUUACAGGAGAUUGCUCGGUAUGUGAGCCGCUCCUUGCAGGAGAAAAAACUCCUCUACUUUGGAAAAGAAAACCUGAACUUUGAUUUCACCGACCCGGACCUUUGGACUCCGGAGGAGGUGGUUCCUGAGCCUCUGAGAGAUGCUUGGAGAGCAGAAAAGGAACUCCUGAAUGAAAAACUUAAGGAAGGAGAGAAAGAGUUGGAGAUGGAUGAUAGUGGUUUUUACGCAGGGGGUCCGGUACCGCAGGUUGGUGUCACCAUCGCCAUGGACGACCAUGCUUUAAAUGGAACCAAUCGCGUUGUGCUGGACGGAGUUUUAGAUCAGAAGGAAUGCGACACAGUGCUGCGCCUGGCGACCGCCGCUGCGUCCGCCGGGGACGGUUACAGGGGAAGACGGUCACCACACACGCCACAUGAGAAGUUUGAGGGCCUUACUGUCCUUAGAGCGGUCAAGUUGGCCCAGGAUGGCAUGGUGAACCAGUCCGACGCCAAGCUGCUUCACACGAUGGGGGAGAGGGUGAGAACCCUGCUGCACUCUUACUUCAGGAGUCCUUCAGAACUCCACUUCUCCUACACACACCUUGUGUGUCGCAGCGCCAUCACAGGAGACCAGAAGGGGAGACUGGACCUGUCUCACCCUGUUCAUGUUGACAACUGUCUAUUGGAACCUGAAACGAGACAGUGUUGGAGAGAACCACCAGCCUUCACACACAGAGACCUGAGUGCCAUACUCUACCUUAACGAUGACUUUGACGGCGGGGAGCUCUUUUUCACGGACCGGGAUGCAAAGACUGUCACGGCUCAGGUGAAACCCACCUGUGGUCGACUGGUGGGGUUCUCCUCUGGUCCGGUUAACCCCCAUGGCGUGACUGCGGUAACAGCUGGCCGCAGGUGUGCACUGGCCCUUUGGUUCACCAAGGAGAAGCACCACAGGGAUAUGGAGCGGGAGGAGGCUGAGGCCUUGUGGGCUGUGGACGGACAGAGUGUGAAGAAAGAAGGAGAGGUUAAAGAGGAGGGAGGAGGAGGCGCCGCUGCCCGUGCUCGGAGCGGAAGAAGCGGCGGCCAGGCAUCAAAGAGUCGGGGAAGGGGCCAGGUGACGGGGGGAAAGGACGAGUUGUGAUGAACUGGCACAGUGGAUUUAAAGACUGAACCACCCUGCUGAACAACAGUGUGGUCCUGUUUGCCCAACCGUCCACCCCUGUCGAGUGGGUCCAGUCCAGUUACCUUUCACCUUUCACAAAAGACCAGGACAUUCUCUGUUUUUACACCAGGUUUUUCAGUCCCUACCUGCUCUCUUUCUCUCUCUCUCACUCUCUGUUUCAUUUAUUUCUGUCUCCCUCUGUCUCUUUCUCAGUUUUGUCUCUGUCUUGUUUCGCUCUCUCGCUGUACUCUGGGACUAUUUUGUCCAUUUCUGAAACAAACCAGUCCAUUUGUGUUUCUGUGAAUGUUACUUCCUAACUGUUACAUAGAUGUUGGAGAAAAAAAUGAACGGAAAUAAAGAAUAAAAGUGACUAAAAAUGGAGGACACAGAACUAAUAUUAAAUCUGUGGUGCAUCCCUUUUGCAGUCUUUCCACAAAGCCACAGUGGGGUUAUUCUAAGCAGUAACCCCCUCUGUUGUAAACCAGUAAGUGGGGGAGGGAAUGCAAACCCAGUUUAUUGCGUCAAUACAGACAUUGCACACGUACAAUAAUAGAACAUCACAUUUUAAACACAGACAUCCCCAACAGCUCACAUUUAUAUAACCCUGUAAACAAUGAAAAGGUAAUCUCUUGCUCCCAUUGUUAUUAUCAACUGUUCAAAACACCAACUGCAUGUGGAGAGACAUUGAAGGGGGGGG